AUGCCCCCUCAAUCUCGCAAAGGGUUCAAAGUCGCGAUCAUCUGCGCUUUGCCUGUGGAAUUCGACGCCGUUGAAGCCCUAUUAGACGAACACUAUGUGGCCUGUGGAAAACAACCAGGAGAUUUAAAUUUCUAUCGAACAGGGAGAAUCGAUAAAUAUGAUAUUGUAUUAGCAUAUUCACCAGAAAUGGGGAAAAAAAGUGCUGCCAGUGUUGCGUCAAGCCUUCUAAUCAGCUUUCCUGGGAUUAAUCUUACAAUACUGACUGGUAUUUGUGGAGGAGUACCUUUUCCAUUAUCAGACACAGAGCUUAUAUUAGGAGAUGUUAUCAUUAGCUCUAAAGUUGCUGAGUAUGAUUUUGGAAAGCUAUAUCCUGAUGGAUUCCAGCAAAGGGGUGAUUUUACAGAAACACUUGGCCGUGCAGAUCGAGAUAUCCGAAGCUUUCUCUCGGCUUUAAAGACUCAGAGAUUACAAUGUGAUUUUCAAGAAAGACAUCUGAAUCACCUUACACAUCUCAAAACCCUGAAUAACAAGUGGCAAUACCCAGGUGCUGCACACGAUCAGUUAUUCCAGGCAACUUAUCGUCACAAGCAUCACACUUCGAUGACUACAUGUAUUUGCACUGACUGCAAAUCUAGCGAAGACCCGAUUUGUGGAGAAGCACUUGAAAGUGAUUGUAACAAGCUUGGGUGUGCUGAACAAUUGAUUAAACGAACCCGGCUUACUACUGCAUGUAAUCCCUCUCCUCGAAUGCUCUUUGGUCCCCUUGGCUCUGGCGAUACUGUGAUGAAAUCUGGAGAACAUCGCGACAGAUUGGCUAAGAAAAUGGGAAUCAUUGGAUUUGAGAUGGAAGGGGUGGGGAUAUGCGAUAGUUUACGCUGUAUUAUUAUCAAGGGCGUUAGUGACUACGCAGAUAGCCACAAAAAUAAGGCGUGGCAGGAGUAUGCGGCAGCAAGUGCCGCAUCUUGCACCAAGGCGUUUCUUGAGGUCAUGGGGAAAACCAUGCAGAAGGAUGAAGAGCAACACUGUUUUGAUUCUGAGACUUUGAGGCCACAAGGAGAUCACCCAAAUCCACGCCUGCAAAAUGAUACAUCAGUCGCCAUUAAUCGCUCAGAAAAUGGACAACCUGAGUAUCAAUGGAGAUUCUCGUCAAGAUCCUCUAGCAUUAACAAUAUAGACAACCAUAUCAAAUCCCUUGAAGAGGAAUUGGGCCGACUGAAAGAAAAUAUCUCGAACCCAAUUCUCAGAGAAGUUGUAGUAUCAGGUGUCGCUGAAGCAGUCAACAAUCAUGAGGCAUUUCGAAGCUUACAGACUACACGAUCUUUUCAUACUUCCUACUACAGGACUAGGUUUGGUAUAAUAGUCUAUCGGACUAGGGUCAUAAAACAAUUAAGGACAACAUUUAACGAAAGUGUUGUACAAUACAAAACAACAACAUCGUUUAUUUUCCAACCGGCUUCAUGGCUUAUUAGACUUGGACUUAAAUAUGGAAUUGAAGCGACUUCUGUUAAUUCACGAACAGGAUGGCAAUACAGUAUAUCACCUGUGCGAGCUGUACGAGACGAUGCACUCAUCUUUCAAUUUUGCAAGACUGGAAAUGUCGAUGCUGUUUCGGAGCUCUUCAAAAGAGGGGAUGCGUCCGUCUUGGACGUUGAUUCCAAGGGGUGGAGGCCACUACAUUUUGCCACGAGCAAUGGACACUUUGAAUUAGCCAAGUUCUUGAUUUUACAAGGGGCAGACAGAACUGCGCACGUGUAUACGAGUUGCUGGGCAAGAAGAUUUACCCCAGCUUCAUUCAUUCUCACCGAUCCAACUACUUUUAAAACGGCAAUAGAUAUGAUGCUUUUAUUCGACGACUGUAUUGACUUCGAUGGACCAAUGAGUGAUGGUUGGAAUUUGGUUAGUUCGUAUGAAAGUGACAAUGCUGAGGCUAGGUCUGAACACCAGAUAUUUCGUGACAUAUUAUCCAGCCUAUUCCGGAGGUUCAACGCAGGAUUGACUGACUAUAUCGAUGCUGAAUCCAUUCAUUAUUGCAUGUGUGGGGCUAUUUGCCGGGCUGAUAUAGAGAAUAUUCGGUUGAUCUUAGAUUUCGACCCCGCAGUGAAUUAUUUUGACUACGAUCUACCUGAACCUGCAAUUUAUUUGGUUGUAUCUAUGCCUUACGUUAGCGCUGAUAUUCUGAAAUUACUACUGGACAGAGGAGCAGACAUUCACAUGGUUUGUCAGGAUGAAACAGCAACCUCAAUGUCAUUAUGGUUCUCCAAACUAUUCUUCCAAUGGUUUGAACGCCUUGGAGUUAUCUAUCAAGAACUAGAUGAAUUUAUGGAACGCGAAACUUCAUCGGGAUCCGUACUGGCUCAGGCUAAUUGGCGUUGCGAAACUCUCCGAGAUUUGUUAACUUUGAAACCAACUGGAAAUUUCAAAGAAUUCUACCAUUGGUAUGAUGGUCCCAUUGCCGCUUGCAAUCGGUGUUACAUAAUUGAUGGUAUAUACCCCACGGACCGCGUAAUAGAACCUUGGUGGGAAGAAUUGAAGUAUCGAGUGAAAAAUGAACAAUGCAUCUGUUCUCUGCUGGGUGAAUCUGAAAAUUGGAUGAUUGACGCUGAAGACCGGACUAUAUGUUCUCUCUGCCGCAGAUGCCGGGAAAUGAGUCUGGGCAAACCCAGCAAAGACUCAGGAUCUCAUGCAGGAGAAUUGGAUUCGGGCUACGACUUUGAUAGUGACGAAUACCAGGGUAAAUUUAAUGACCAUCAAUGCAACCGUCAGGGAUUCAGAUUACCACCACUGGAGCGUUUUUUCCAUCUUCAGGGUGGAAGAUGGAAUGGGCAGUACCUUCCGGAUGAAUACUACUGCUCGAAAUGCUUAUCCAAGGUGGAGGGCUGGGAGAUUGAUUCAGAUUCAGAGACGUCCGAUUCAGACGAUUCGGAAGAUUAG